CGCAUCGUCGUGUCCCGCGGCCGCCUGCGCAGGUUCAUCUGGAUCCUGCUCACCCUCAGCGCCGUCGGGCUCAUCCUCUGGCAGUGCGCGGAGCUCCUCAUGAACUACUACAGCGCCUCGGUCUCCGUCACCGUCCAGUUCCAGAAGCUGCCCUUCCCCGCCGUUACCAUCUGCAACAUCAACCCCUACAAGUACAGUUCCAUGAAAGAAUAUUUAUCUGAACUGGACAAAGAGACAAAAAAGGCUUUGGAGACUUUCUAUGGAUUUUCAGAAGGCAAGUCCAAGGUGCGCCGGUCGGUGGACGAGUGGAACAGCACAGGGAGCAACUUCUUCAAACAGAUCCCUCUGGUGAAGUUUGAGGACUUCUCCAAGACUGUGAUUGACCUUCGCAGUGGCCAGAAGAGGAAAAUAGAGGGCAGUGUCUUUCACAAGGACUCGUCCAUAGUGAACUCUGGGGAUUCCAAUGAUAUCAUUGGCUUUCAGCUGUGCGAUGCAAACAACAGCAGUGAGUGUGCACUUUACACAUUCAGUUCUGGUGUUAAUGCUAUCCAAGAAUGGUACAAGCUGCAUUACAUGAACAUCAUGGCACAAAUUCCCUUGGAGACUAAAGAGAAAUUGAGUUACUCUGCUGAUGACCUUCUACUGACUUGUUUCUUUGAUGGCCUAUCUUGUGACAAAAGGCACUUCACUCGCUUCCAUCACCCCCUCCAUGGCAAUUGCUACACCUUCAACAGCGGGGAGAGCGGGACGGUGCUGAGCACCUCCACGGGAGGCAGCGAGUACGGAUUGCAGGUUGUUCUGUAUAUAGACGAAGCAGACUACAACCCCUUCCUGGUGACAUCAACAGGAGCCAAGAUCAUUGUCCAUGACCAGAACGAAUAUCCCUUCAUUGAAGACAUUGGCACGGAAAUCGAAACGGCUGCAGCCACCUCCAUAGGGAUGCACUUUACUCGGUCUCGCAAGCUGAGCAAACCCUACAGUGACUGUACAGAGACUGGUGCUGACAUACCAGUAGAAAAUCUCUACAACAAGAGCUACUCACUCCAGAUUUGCCUGCACUCCUGCUUCCAGAAGGCCAUGGUGGACUCCUGUGGCUGUGCCCAGUACGCACAGCCCUUACCCGCUGGAGCCGAGUACUGCAACUACAAGAAAAACCCCAACUGGAUGUACUGCUACUACAGACUGCACGAGAAGUUCGUGAAGGAGCAGCUGGGCUGCCAGCAAAUCUGCAAAGACGCCUGCAGCUUCAAGGAGUGGGCGCUCACCACCAGCAUUGCCCAGUGGCCAUCCACCGUGUCAGAGGACUGGAUGCUUCGAGUUCUCUCUUGGGACAAAGGGCAGAAAAUCAACAAGAAGCUGAACAAGACAGACCUUGCAAACCUCAUGGUGUUUUACAAAGACCUGAACGAGAGAUUCAUUUCAGAGAAUCCUGCCAACACACUCGUCAUUCUUCUUUCCAACUUUGGAGGCCAGUUGGGCCUUUGGAUGAGCUGCUCAGUCGUGUGUGUCAUUGAGAUCGUCGAGGUUUUCUUCAUCGAUUCCCUGUCCAUCGUCAUGCGGCGCCAGUGGCAAAAGGCCAAGAAGUGGUGGAACGACCGGAAAAGAGCCGGGCCAGGGAAGCCAGGGCAGGCCAGGGACCUGGAGAGACAGGGCCACGAGAACCCCGUCUGCAUCGACGAGGACCUGCCCACCUUCAACACUGCCCUGCGCCUGCCGCUGCCCCAGGACAGCCCCCUGCCCAGGACUCCCCCCCCCAACUACAGCACUUUGCGCCUCGAAGCCGCCUUCACCGAGCAGCUGCCCGACACGCUGGAGGUCGGGCAGCACUGA